AUGGGGCUGCUGGCUACUUCGAUGACAAUCUGUGGUCAAGGGAAUUUACCAAGCACUACUGAGGUAAACCCAAAAGAACAGUGCAAUGUAAUAUCCUUGAGGAGUGGGAAGGAGUUAAAAGAGCCAAAAGUAGCUGAUAAGGAGAAGGAAGUGAGUGGGUCUAAUGUUGCUAAGAAUUUAGUGAAGCAGCCAGAAAGGAGUAUAGAUCACCAUAUGAAGAUCCCAUAUCCUCAAAGGCUUCAAAAUAAUAAGUUUGACAAGCAAUUUUCAAAGUUUUUAGAUGUCUUUCGGAAGCUUCACAUCAACAUUCCUUUUGCCAAAGCACUUGAACAAAUGCCAAGUUAUGUUAAAUUUAUGAAGGAGAUCCUAUCAAAGAAAAGGAAAUUAGAGGAUUAUGAGACAGUGACACUUACUGAGGAGUUCAGUACGAUACUUCAAAAGAAGCUACCUCCCAAGCUUAAAGAUCUUGGUAGUUUCAAUAUCCCAUCUUCUAUAGGGGGUUCAGUAGAAACAAAGGCUUUAUGUGAUUUAGGGACCAGUGUGAAUUUAAUGCCUCUAUCUAUUUUUAGAAAGUUAAAAUUGGGAGAGGCUUGA